CCUCCCUCUUCCUGUUCUGAAUGCGCUACGUACUGAGCACGUCCUAUAGGAGGAAGGACGAGACGCAAUCAGCGACUAGGCUCAGUACGAACUGAGCCGUUGUGCUGUUUGGCUCUGCUGUUUUCUACUGCGGUCCCAGAACUUCCUCCCACCAAAGGGAGACUAUGGCCACUCCACUGACAGACUUCGAAAGGAGGAAACAAAUAAGUGUGAGGGGGAUCGCCGAGCUCGGGGAUGUGGUGGAGUUGAAGAAGAGCUUCAACAGGCAUUUGCAUUUCACACUGGUCAAAGACAGAAAUGUCGCUACACCUCGGGAUUACUAUUUCGCUCUGGCUCACACCAUCCGCGACCACUUGGUUGGGCGGUGGAUCCGCACCCAGCAGUAUUAUUAUGAGAAAGAUCCCAAGCGUAUCUAUUACCUGUCUCUGGAGUUCUACAUGGGCCGAACCUUGCAGAACACUAUGGUGAACUUGGGAUUGGAGAAUGCCAGUGAUGAGGCAAUAUAUCAGCUGGGUUUAGACAUUGAAGAACUGGAGGAAAUUGAAGAAGAUGCUGGACUUGGCAAUGGAGGUCUUGGUCGACUGGCAGCCUGCUUCCUUGAUUCAAUGGCCACACUGGGUUUGGCAGCAUAUGGCUAUGGAAUUCGCUAUGAAUUUGGUAUUUUUAAUCAGAAGAUUCAUAAUGGCUGGCAGGUAGAAGAAGCUGAUGAUUGGCUGCGCUACGGUAACCCAUGGGAAAAGGCACGGCCCGAAUACAUGCUUCCUGUUCAUUUCUAUGGGCGGGUCGAACGUGCUGCAGAUGGCAUCAGAUGGGUUGAUACUCAGGUUGUCCUUGCCAUGCCAUAUGAUACUCCAGUGCCGGGAUUUAAGAAUAACACUGUCAACACCAUGAGAUUGUGGUCUGCCAAGGCUCCCAAUGAUUUCAACCUGAAAGACUUUAAUGUUGGUGAUUACAUCCAAGCUGUGUUGGAUCGAAACCUGGCUGAGAAUAUAUCCCGAGUGUUGUACCCCAAUGACAAUUUCUUUGAAGGUAAAGAGCUCCGUUUAAAACAAGAAUACUUUGUGGUAGCAGCCUCGCUCCAGGACAUAAUCCGUCGCUUCAAGUCUUCAAAGUUUGGUUGUCGGGAUCCAGUCCGCACUUCAUUUGAAACUUUCCCAGACAAGGUUGCCAUUCAGCUCAAUGACACCCAUCCUGCCCUGGCCAUUCCUGAACUGAUGAGAAUUCUAAUAGAUGUUGAGAAGCUUGAUUGGGAAAAGGCUUGGGAUAUAACAAAACAGACCUGUGCUUAUACCAACCACACGGUGCUACCUGAAGCUCUAGAACGCUGGCCUGUUCAGAUGUUUGAACGUCUUCUGCCAAGACACCUGCAAAUAAUUUAUGAAAUCAACCAGAAACAUUUGGACAACGUUGCUGCACAGUUUCCUGGUGAUGUUGACCGCCUGACGCGUAUGUCUCUGAUUGAAGAGGGAGAUCCCAAGAGGAUUAACAUGGCACACCUGAGCGUUGUUGGAUCACAUGCUGUUAAUGGAGUUGCACAAAUUCAUUCAGAAAUUGUGAAAAAUACAGUUUUCAAGGAUUUUUAUGAACUUGAGCCAGACAAGUUCCAAAAUAAGACGAAUGGGAUUACUCCAAGACGUUGGCUGUUACUAUGCAAUCCUGGCCUUGCAGAUGUCAUAGCUGAGAGAAUUGGAGAGGGUUUUAUCACAGACCUACACCAGUUGAAGAAACUGCUGGCCUAUGCUGAAAAUGAAGCAUUCAUUAGAGAUGUGGCCAAUGUUAAGCAGGAGAAUAAAUUAAAAUUUGCUGCUUAUUUGGAAAAAGAGUACAAUGUCAAAAUAAAUCCAAACUCUAUCUUUGAUGUCCAUGUGAAGCGGAUCCAUGAAUACAAAAGGCAGCUACUGAACUGUUUACAUAUUAUCACUCUAUACAACCGUAUCAAGAAAGAUCCAAACAAAGCCUUUGUACCAAGGACAAUCUUGAUUGGAGGGAAGGCAGCUCCUGGCUACCACAUGGCCAAGAUGAUCAUUAAACUAGUAACAUCCGUUGGAAAUGUCGUCAACAAUGAUCCCAUUGUGGGUGACAGACUGAAGGUCAUCUUCCUGGAGAACUACCGUGUGUCCCUUGCAGAGAAAGUGAUACCUGCAUCCGACUUGUCCGAACAGAUUUCAACGGCUGGUACAGAAGCCUCCGGCACGGGGAACAUGAAGUUUAUGCUGAAUGGAGCCUUGACAAUUGGAACCAUGGAUGGUGCUAAUGUAGAAAUGGCUGAAGAGGCAGGAGAGGAGAACCUCUUCAUCUUUGGGAUGAGAGUGGAAGAUGUUGAGGCACUUGAUAAGAAGGGGUACAAUGCCAGAGAAUACUUCGAAAAGCUGCCAGAACUGAGACAAGCUAUGGAUCAGAUCAAUGGUGGAUAUUUCUCCCCUAAAGAACCAGAGCUGUUUAAAGACAUAGUUAACAUGUUGAUGCACCAUGACAGGUUUAAAGUGUUUGCUGACUUCGAAGCAUAUGUCAAAUGCCAGGAGAAAGUUAGUAAGCUUUAUCAGAAUCCAAAGGAUUGGACCAAGGUGGUUAUUAAAAACAUUGCAAACUCUGGCAAGUUCUCAAGUGAUAGAACCAUCAAGGAGUAUGCCAGAGAGAUCUGGGGGGUGGAGCCUUCUGAUGUGAAGAUUCCUCCUCCUAAUGAACCGAAGGCCUAGUUUGUUAACAAGACAGGCAGUGUGCGCAAUCUAUACUGAUGUGUUUUUGUCUAAUACCUCUGUCAGAUUCAUGUUUAUUAUGAAAAUAGCCUUGCAUUAGUUUUUUCUUUCUAAAUGCACUUGCUGUGCGCCUUAUUAAAAUGUGUUUAAGCAAAAAGUUAUUCGAUGUCUGUUACCUAAAUCAGCUUACUUUUUAAAUGCAGAUAUCUUUAAUAUAAUUAUGGAUUUGUCUCUUCUUCAAAGGGUUAACAUUUUGAGCCUGCAUAUUUUUUUUAUUUGUUUGCACUAGAUGUUGAGAUCAUGAUUGUGUCCAGUGGGCAGAGCUCAAUUCAAAAUUAUCAUCUGGAGUAAUGUUUCUUCUACAAAUACCUUUAACAGACUGUGCCUGUACCAUUUUAAUUUGAUGGUUGUUCUUGUACAGUACUUAUUUACUUGUAAGGAAACCUUUGUAAAUGAGCACUGAAACAAUUUUUACUGAAAUUAUGUGCAUUCAGGUGACAAAGGCUAGAAAUAAAAUCUGCUGGCACACGUGUGGUGAAUCCCUCAUUCAAUUCAUGGUCUGGCCUGCCUUCAUUAUUGAUUUGUUAGAGAUUCAAAUUGACUUCACAAUUCAAAUUUACCUUUUGUUUUACUGCCUGUUUGCUUCACUAAUAAUGACCCACUGAACUCAAUUAGUUAUUGAUGCCUUUCUGUUCUGUCCUACUGGUUAAGGACCCCAACUUGCUCAAUUGAUGAACUGAUUUUGUUUUUGUAUAGUAAUCAGUUUUUUUUUAAAAAAGUUGUUUUAAGUCAAAUCUGCAUGGUUAGUGUGUUAGAUUUGAGUUGAUUGAAACUGGGACCUGGUCUGUUCAGAGUUGUUUCUACCUCUGGUUCAGCAUUCCUAAAGUCUCUGCAGCAAGAAAAGGUAAAUAGAAAAACAAUCUAAAGAAAAUAAAACUAAACAUUGCUAAAAGGAGACUAGAAGUUGAAGCUUUUCAUCUUGCACUCAUGAGAACUAAAGACAAGAAAUAAAUAUUAUGAAAAAGACACAAUUUUAUACAGAGAGAAGAGUAUGUGGAUUGGUUGAGUCAUAAUUGGCAUGGAGAUGCAUCAAGUUCACUAGCAUUAUUGGAGGCUAGAGAGUUGAUGAGAGUCUCUAAUAAUGCUGAUCUUGCCUAAUGCGUGCCUUGUGCACUGUAACCUGUAUGCCUCCAAGUCUUUUUGAUCUGUACAUCCUUGCUUACUAUAAUCUGCCUGUACUACUUGUAAACAAAGCUUUUCACUGUACCUCAGUACAUGUGACAAUAAAUCAAUCAGUCAACCUUCAUUCACAACCAGGCAGGUAGAUUCUAAAUGGUCAGAAAAUUGCCCUGGAGCAGUACAGCAGAAUUGGCUGUCUCUAUGAUCACUGUUUUUGAAAAAGGUGCAACAUAGAAAUUCCUUUUGCCAACAUAAACCAGGGACUUGAGUAUUUAUGUAUUUUGCAUAUGCUACAUGCACUGUAGGCCUGCCUAAUGAUCUAACAUUGGUUUCUGGUGUAAUGCUGAGUGCAGUCCGAACUUGUUUUAAAACAUGAUUUCCAAUACCAGAAUCACAGUUAAUAGUAGACAUAACUUUGAGGCUUGUAUGUACAGCUGGUAGCAGCCUGAUUGUGUUUGACAAACCUGUGGGGGUGGGGUAUGGUGGGCACCAAGACAUGUUUAAUUUUUGAGACAAAUGGCCUAUAUACCAUAGAAAUAAUGGCUUCUAUAAAGAAAGAAGGAGACAUUUACUACAGAAUCUAAUCUCAAAAAGAAUUUGGACCGCUCUAGAUGUAUCUUAAGUCUAGGCAUUGCUAUCCACAGCUAACAGUUAUGUUUCUGACAUAACAACAAAGUGCAACAACAGGAAUGUCAGUCAUCUGUUUUGUUGGUUGAGAAAGGAAAAACUUGCCAGGAAACUGGUGACAAUUCCUCUGCUAUUCUUCAAUACAGUGAAAUGGGAGCUAUCGUGUACGCUUGAGAAGCAACUAGGGCUUUGUUUAAUAUUGCAUCUAAAUGAUGGUGUCUGCAACAGUUUAUAUUCCUGAUUAACUCUGUUGGUGCAUCAGCCCGAAUCAAUAUGCGAGCACAGCCACAGACAGGUGACAGGGAAGUCUAUUUGUUCUAUGUUUAGGCAUAAUUCUUUGACCAAGAAGAAAACUCUGCUACCUUUUUUUAAAUUGGAUACAUUGGGCCCAUGGCACAGGCAUGGUGGACUGAAAUAUUCUGGCACAGCAGAACUGUGGUGUUAGUAACAUUUGCAAGAUUCAGCAAUUUGUAGCAGUUGCUUACAAUCUGUACAAUUCCUUUUUAAAUAGUAAGAACAAUAUUGUUGAAGUUUUCCAGUGGUGCAGAAGAGUCUCACUUUUGGUAUAAUUUACAUUAAUUUUCAACUAAAAUGGUGGUAAACUUUAUUUGGAUAAGUAAAUGCAGGCACUCUCACUCACUCUCUCCCUCCUUCCUCCUUCCUCCAUUCUUGUUUUACUUUCCUCAACUUUGUUUUUCCCUCCUUUUGUCUCUUCUGCUUUUUCACUUGCUUUUGUCAUGAGUUGCAACUUUUUUUUCUGAUCAACUUCCAUCCUGUUUCACCAGUCUGCAGAGUCUGGCAAGUAGCAAAAGAGAAACAAAAGGAGUCAGUGUAGGAUUUGCAGCAAAGGAAGAGUGCAGCAGAGGAACCAAAAGGAACUAGAAGCAAGCAUUGGAAGGAUACAGAGGUGGGAGCCUAAUGGGAUCAGUUGACAUAAUAGACACGUGUAUCAAACCAUGAGCCUAUAAUAAAAUCAAUCAGAUGAA